UAGUUCAACCAACAUAGUCCAUUUGUGUAACUGUUACGCUUGUAGCGCGAGUGUUUCCGUGUUUCCGUGCUUACCAUUUGCCGUUCUCAAACGAUUUGACACGAAAUGUUGUUCGUCGCGUUGUGUUCGUCGCUGCCAGUGUUGUUGUCAUUCAUUCAUUCACCAGCCAGCUUCUGGCAGCCCUCGAAAAAGAUCUGAACGCAUCAAGUGAAAGUUUUCCCUGACAGCCCGCCUCACUGCAAUUGUCGCGCAGCGCUUGAAAUCCCGUUACUCAACUUCACUAGCAUCGCAAGCGCGUGUGCGUAAUUUGAUAGUUUUGUCGAAAAUGUUUGCGCUUAAACCACGACCACGACGACGACUUGAGCGAGGGAAAGGAUGGACACGCCUCCACGCAUGUGGGCGCUUAGCCAGGAUUGCGCUCAUUAUCAACACCGUGUCCAUACUACUUCUAAUGAUGAAUGCCACGCCCACUUCAGCCGAGAUACCUUCAAAGGGCAAACACACACGAGUGGAUACCCAGCAAACAGCACUGGAAGAUGCGGACAUGCCACGCUUCGCCGAACCCAUUGCCAAUGUCACAGUCUCCAUUGGCCGCGAUGCUCUGCUCGCCUGCGUCGUGGAGAACCUCAAGGGCUACAAAGUGGCCUGGGUGCGUGUGGACACACAGACGAUACUCUCCAUACACCACAAUGUCAUAUCGCAGAAUAAUCGGAUUAGUUUGACUUACAAUGAUCAUCGAUCGUGGUAUUUGCACAUCAAGGAAGUGGAGGAAACAGAUCGUGGCUGGUACAUGUGUCAGGUCAAUACGGAUCCAAUGCGCUCGAGGAAGGGUUACCUGCAGGUGGUGGUUCCUCCAAUGAUUGUCGAGGGCAUGACCAGCAACGAUAUGGUCGUGCGAGAGGGCCAGAAUGUAUCAUUAAUGUGCAAGGCGCGCGGAUAUCCAGAGCCCUACGUAAUGUGGCGCCGAGAGGACGGCGAGGAAAUGCUAAUUGGCGGGGAGCAUGUCAAUGUCGUUGAUGGCGAGCUGCUGCACAUCACCAAAGUAAGCCGACUCCACAUGGCGGCAUAUCUGUGCGUGGCAUCGAACGGAGUACCACCAUCGAUUAGCAAGCGAGUGCAUCUGCGAGUUCAGUUUCCACCCAUGCUCUCUAUACCAAAUCAGCUGGAAGGUGCAUAUCUGGGGCAGGAUGUCAUGCUCGAGUGCCAUACAGAGGCCUACCCAGCCUCAAUCAACUAUUGGACCACUGAGCGCGGUGACAUGAUAAUAUCAGAUACUUCACGGGCUGGUGAUAAAUAUGAGACCACAUCAACCGUCAGCGGUUAUACGAAAUAUAUGAAGUUAAAAAUUCGCGCCGUUGGACCAAAUGAUUUUGGCACCUAUCGCUGCGUGGCAAAAAAUUCGCUGGGCGAAACCGAUGGCAACAUUAAACUCGACGAAAUGCCAACACCCACGACUGCCAUUAUAUCAGAGAUGGCCAUGUUAAAUAGAAGCUAUGAUGGCAAGAGACGUCAUAGAAAUAAAUUUGAGUCGGCUAACGCUUUGCCUGAUUACGGGGUUGAGGAGUGGCGUGACGGUGCUCAAGGCAACCAUGGUGGUAACACUGGCGAUAACAAUCAAACGCCCUUGCGUAAUCCGCCCGGAGCAUUUCACAACUCUGCAGGCUCACUGGCACAGCAUAAUCUACUUGGUAAAAUAAUGCGCGGCAUUAAAACGCAAUCAUUUGGGAUUUUCAAACGUUUAUCGAGUUAUUUGCUGGCGGCACUGCGAACGACGACUUUGCCAAGUCGGUGGCGUAUGAGUAAUAUGAAAAACCAGCCUCAGCCCCAGCAUACCGCUGUCAGCGCGCAGUCACACAUAAACAGCAGCAGCAUCUGCCAAAGGACAGCCAAAAUCAGCGAACGCAGCAGCAGCAGCCCAAGCCGCAGGAGUACCAGCAAUAAAUGGGCGUGGAACAUUGCUCAUACGCCGCGUGUGACGCACCGCCAUUGGACAAUGCUCAUUUGCAUAGUAAUAUUAGCUGGCAGUUGCCUUGUUGCUAUUGUUAAACCAAAAUUGUUGUUGCUGCCGCUGCAUUUUAUCGGCAGCCGCAUCGCAUUUUCUAUUAGUGCGGCGCAUAGGCAACAUUUAAUGCUAACAUUUUGGGCCGUUGGUAAUAAGGUGGCCGCAUUGUUGCCGCAAAUUUAUACAGCAGCAACACAAAAAACAACAUCUAUAACAGCAACCAAGUUAAACACAUUUGCUGUGCUUUGCCUGCGCAAGUAUUCAAGAUGAAAUCAAAUAAUUGCAAAAAACUCAUUUAGGGCACAACAACUUGAAGCGGAGAAAGAGCGUGAAAAAUAGAAUCAAACUUAGACAAGUAAGAAACAGAAUAAAGUUGUGCGAAGCAGCAUAAGAAACAAAAAUGAAAACUCAUAUC